AUGCAAGUGAUAGCGCACCUCACAGACCAGAUGGCAUUCGUCAUGCACGAGGAGUUCGAAGCGAACUCACCGAAACCGACGACUAAGCCUACGACUACGCCAAAACCUUUAGACGAGACGACGCCUUUUCAUCGACCUGGAUAUUAUGCUCCUGAAUCGCCACCUAAGCCUUCAGAAAGAAUAUCGACGCAAAAACAGCUGCAACAAAACGAUUCUCCUCAAAACCAGCAAAAUAAUGUAUCUUCACAAAAUAACCAACAAAAUAUCACCCCACAACACCAACAAUACCCCACACCCAAGAACCAACAACAAUACUCCGCUCAGCAAAAUCAACAACAAUACUCUACCUCUCAGAACCAAAAACAAUACCCUACAUCUCAAAAUCAACAACAAUAUCCCACACCUCAAAGCCAGCAACAGUACCCUAUCCCGCAAAACCAAGAACAUUACGAUACCCCCCAGAACGAACAACAAUACCCCACGCCUCAAAACCAACAACAAUACUCUACUCCACAAAAUGAACAACAAUAUCCGACUCCACAGAAUCAACAUCAACACGCCACCCCACAAGUUCAUCAACAAUACAGCUACCCCUCACAGCAGCAACCAUAUAACUUCCCAACACAGGACCAACAACAGUACUAUUUCCCUUCACAGAAUCAGCCGCAAUACAACUUCCCCUCACAGUACCCGGAACAAUACAACGUCCUUCCACAUAACCAACAAACGUACAACUUCCAAGAAAGCCAGAAUCAAAACGAAUUCUCACAGAAUCAGCAGGUGUUCAACAUCUCCUUACAAGACCAGUAUCUAAACAACGACUAUCAACAGCAGCUUAACAUAUUCCAAAAUCAACAGCAAUACAAUACACCACAAAAUCAACAAUUCAACGUCAUGACAUUCGACUUACCUCAGUACAACCCGCUACAACCUCAAAGUGUGAGAAACGAAGAGCCAUUACUGUCUGCCCAUCAUGAAGAAGUGAAGCCACUAAUGGAACCGACUCCCGAUGCCCCGCAACUCUUACCUCCUCAUUUUGAAACUGACGUCGAUAAAAUUUCGAGUCGAUCUAAAGGCUUUGAUGUGGAUGAAUUGACAGAAGAAAAUCUUCAAUACUUAUCACAUAACGUGAGGGAAAUGAUUAGAAUGGCUCAUGACCCACAUGACGAACGAUUGGUUGACGUCUGGGAAGGGCUGAGAGCCCGUCCAUUGGAGCCGUCGCCUAAAGGGAAGAUGUCAUCUUCGAACUUGAGAUUGCUACUUUUGUACGAUCUGCUAAGCAGGGAAGCGAAGCGACAAAGGCUGUCAGACUACAGUGGUUUCUCACCCGACGUAAUGAAGACCCUAGUGGAAUCAUCAAGUGGAGGCGCUAGAGACCAAUUAAAAAUGGCGUUAUCAAAGAUGGUGGAAAGACACGACUGCGCUCACGAAUACGCCAACAACCGCGCAAAGGAGAUGGUCACGGAGUUAGGAAAAGACGAUUCCAAGCUCUCUUCUGAGAUUAGAUACCUUCAACCCCUAGUUUAUAAGUACUAG